UUUACGUUGUAUAUCUCCUCUUAAUGUUAUAAAAAAACCUAUUUUAUGACUAGUUUUGCAAAUAAUUGCAACCGAAAUUAAUUUUUUUUAUCAAGGACAGGGGUGGAUUUUUCUAUCUUCCCACGGUGUGUAUGUCACUUCCGGGUUCACUUCCAAAGAUGGCGGAAAGACAGCAAAACGGUGAGGAACGUGACGAGGGUUUUGAGAUCUUAGACCUUGCAGAGGCUCGAAGACGAGGCUGGCUGAAGGACAUGUUCCCCAAGGACCUCUCCGCCAAGUCAGUCGGAACGCAGAUCGCCGUGGGAGGGGUGUCAGGAUGGUGUGCAGGUUACCUGUUCUCUAAGGUGGGAAAGCUGGCGGCCACAGCUGUAGGGGGAGGAUUCCUACUGCUUCAGAUAGCGAACCAUGCAGGCUACGUUAAGAUCAACUGGAAGAGAGUAGAGAAGGACAUGGAGAAGUACAAGAAGGAGAUCGGCAAACAGGCAGAGAAAGCGUACCCUGAUGUCGCUCAGAUUCUGCAACAGGCGAAGACAUUUAUGCAGGAGAACAUGGUCGUAGCAGGCGGGUUUGCAGGCGGGUUCCUCAUCGGGCUGGCUUCAUGAUCAGUCUGGAAACUUAUACUUAUAAAACAAAAGAUCUUACUUUAACUCAUAGGAUAAAGACCCACUUUAAGAUGAACUUCUUGACUUCUAAGUGUCCAUCUUGUGACUCAAACUUAAAACCUAAGAUUUUCGAAGAUUUGAAUACUCCAUGAGUGAUAUCUUGCAAGUAGUUGGAUUUUGACGGUCCUAACAGGGUGUAUGUUAAAGACUUAGAAACAUGCACAACUCUUAUUACUCUGUGUGUACCCCCCCCCCUUCUGAAAUAUUUCUGACUGUAACAUACUGACAAAGGAAGUGAGAUGAUCGUUCUUGAUACUAUAUAGUCUAACAGAUGUAGCAAACUUAUCACAUAUCAAACAACAGUGUACAGCCGUAAGCACGCUUUUAGCUGUUCAACAUGGAAGCAAAGGUACAGAAGUUGAAUAGCGGGUAAAGCUAACAUAGCUCUGGUUUCAGACUACAUUUACACUAUUCUUUGUAAGCUAUGUGCUGAAUUUUACUCUCCAAGCAGAGGUUCAGCUAUGGCUAUGACAGCUCGAAAAA